AUUCUGAUCAAUGGACGAGGAGACUCACUUGUUAAAAAUGGCUGAUUUAACCAACACUGAAGAACAGGAAGUAGAGAAGAGUUUAGAUGAAGAAGUGGAGAAAACACCCGGUACUUUAGAGGCAGAUUCAGGUAUUAGUCAGGAAGGCGAUAGUUCAACUUCAGGUACAGUUCAUUCCACUGCAAAUGAAAAAGAAGUCGAUAAUGGUAAUCAGGAUGGCACAGCAAAAGGGAGAAAUUUAGACUCUGAAGAUGGACCUCCUAAGAAAGCACUGAGUGUGGUAGGCCAUGGGCAAGCUGUAGCUGCACAUUAUAAUGAGCUUCAGGAAGUUGGAUUGGAAAAACGUAGCCAGUCUCGCAUAUUCUACCUCCGAAACUUUAAUAAUUGGACAAAGAGCGUCCUCAUUGGUGAAUUUAUAGACCGGGUACGACGGAAAAAGAAUGAUAUAGCUGUUCUGGAUCUAGGAUGUGGCAAAGGUGGAGACCUACUGAAAUGGAAAAAAGGCAGAAUUAAAAAACUUGUCUGUACUGAUAUUGCUGACAUUUCUGUGCAACAGUGCAAGCAGCGAUAUGAAGACAUGAAAGCGCGAUGUCGUUAUAAUGAACAUAUUUUUGAUGCAGAGUUUAUACAAGCAGAUAGUACCAAGGAUCUCUUGUCUUCUAAAUACAGUGAUCCAGACAUGUGCUUUGACAUUUGCAGCUGUCAGUUUGUUUACCAUUACUCAUUUGAGACAUACGAGCAGGCUGACAUGAUGCUUAAAAACGCUUGUGGGAACCUCUCUCCUGGAGGGUAUUUCAUUGGCACAACUCCAAAUAGCUUUGAACUUGUAAAGCGACUUGAAGCUUCAGAAACAAAUUCAUUUGGGAAUGAUGUGUACAGUGUAAAAUUUGAAAAGAAGGGAGAAUAUCCUUUGUUUGGCUGCAAGUAUGAUUUCCACUUGGAAGAAGUGGUUGAUGUCCCUGAGUUCUUGGUUUACUUCCCAUUGCUAGAAGAAAUGGCGAAGAAGCAUGGUAUGAAAUUAGUCUACAAAAUGACAUUUCGGGAAUUUUAUGAAGAAAAAAUCAAGAAUGAGGAGCAUAAAAUGCUGUUAAGGAGAAUGCAGGCCUUGGAGCCAUAUUCUACAUUUGGUGAUUCCAGGCUUGUUUCUGAUAAACCUGAUGAUUAUGAGCAUGCAAAAGAGUUCAUCAAAGAUGGCAAGGCAAAGUUACCAUUG